GCGGCCUUUGGACUCAUGACCAUCGCCAUCAGCACUGACUACUGGCUCUACACACGAGCUCUCAUCUGCAACACCACCAACCUCACCGCAGGUGAUGAUGGACCACCCCACCGUGGGGGCAGCGGCUCCUCAGAGAAGAAGGACCCUGGGGGCCUUACACACUCAGGCCUCUGGCGGAUAUGCUGCCUGGAAGGGUUGAAAAGAGGUGUCUGCGUGAAGAUCAACCACUUUCCGGAGGACACGGAUUACGACCAUGACAGCGCGGAGUACCUGCUCCGAGUGGUCCGGGCCUCCAGCAUCUUCCCGAUCUUGAGCGCCAUCCUGCUGCUGCUCGGGGGCGUGUGCGUAGCUGCCUCCCGCGUCUACAAAUCCAAAAGGAACAUCAUCCUGGGCGCGGGGAUCCUGUUCGUGGCAGCAGGCCUGAGCAACAUCAUCGGGGUGAUCGUGUACAUAUCAGCCAACGCGGGCGAGCCAGGCCCCAAGAGGGACGAGGAGAAGAAAAACCACUACUCGUACGGCUGGUCCUUCUACUUCGGCGGGCUGUCCUUCAUCCUGGCCGAGGUGAUCGGCGUGCUGGCCGUCAACAUCUACAUCGAGCGCAGCCGCGAGGCGCACUGCCAAUCUCGCUCGGACCUGCUCAAGGCCGGCGGCGGCGCGGGCGGCAGUGGCGGGAGCGGCCCCUCGGCCAUCCUCCGUCUGCCCAGUUACCGCUUCCGCUACCGCCGCCGCUCCCGCUCCAGCUCCCGAGGCUCCAGCGAGGCAUCGCCGUCGCGGGACGCGUCUCCCGGCGGCCCCGGGGGUCCGGGCUUCGCCUCCACGGACAUCUCCAUGUACACGCUCAGUCGCGACCCGUCUAAGGGCAGCGUGGCUGCGGGGCUGGCGGGCGCCGGGGCCGGCAGCGGCGGCGGCGGCGUGGGCGCUUACGGCGGGGCGGCCGGAGGCACGGGGGGAGGCGGGGCGGGCGCCGAGCGGGACCGCGGGAGCACAGCGGGCUUCCUCACGCUGCACAACGCCUUCCCCAAGGAGGCGGCGUCCGGCGUCACGGUCACGGUCACCGGACCGCCCGCUGCGCCCGCGCCCGCGCCGCCUGCACCUGCAGCACCCGCUCCCGGGACCCUGUCCAAAGAGGCUGCUGCGUCCAACACCAACACGCUCAACAGGAAAACCACGCCCGUGUAG